AUGCAACAGAUAUCUGACAAUGAAGAUACAAAUGAUAUCAAUGUUGGAGGAACAAGUACUGCAGUUACUCCAAGUUAUCUUUCACCAGUACAUGCUACUCACUUAUCAACAAUUCAACCAACAGUUUCUACUUCAUUACAGCAGGUUCAACAAGGCAAUUUAGUUUUAUUUGAAACAACUUCAAAUGGUCUCGUAGGAUUAUCUUUAUCUAGUGUAAAAUCAAUUCGAGGUACAUCACUUAAGACAACAUAUCAACGUAAAGUCUUCAAAAAU